AUGUCACGUACGCCUCUCCUGGUGAGAUCAUCGCCGGCUCUGGGUACUGGCUCCUACGGCGGCCUUCCCGUCGCUUCUCUCAGCUCCAGUCCUGGGGAGUCUGAUGCUGACGACAGUCAUGUGACUGAUAAAUACACCUCUGCCUCUACCUCUCCCCGGAACAUCAAGAGAGGGAAGAGCAAGCUCCAGUAUAGCGAGCCAGCAGUCGGCCAAGGCCAGGACGAACACCUCACCCAGCGCAAAUCCAAUCAGACCCUCCGAGCAAGGCGGCGCAGUAACGCGCUUGAUGAAGCCCUCCAGGGUCAGCAUGAAUCUGGUCUGGAAGCUCGGUUCAACGCAAGCGGCGUAGCCCCGACAGCUUUUGAAGGCCUGCAGUCGUCUUCUGGUAGUAGUCAUAUCACCGUCGAGGGUCCGGAGGAGGACGAAUCUUCCGAGGGUGACGAAUUGCACGAUGUCAAAUCCGAUGGCCAACCCGCAGACAAUUCGCCCUAUGCCCAAGUACGAGCAUCGGUUGCUGCGACAGACGAUAUCACUCUUUCCAUCAACACCCCUCGAAUGUGGAGCCUCUCCAUGGUAUUUGCAAUCAUUGGUUCUUCCACAAAUCUAUUCUUUUCUUUGAGAUACCCGAGUGUCACCAUCACUCCUAUUAUUGCGCUUUUACUUGUUCAUCCAUUGGGCCUCUUAUGGGACCAAAUCUUCAAAAGACCAACCGACCCGCAGGAGCAGUUCCAGAACGGGUACAUCUCUCUCAAUGGCGGUCCUUCAUCGAACCAUUCCUACGCCGAUGGCAGCCGACCAGGGUCAAUGCAAAGCUCCCAUAGGUUCCCGAUCAAAUCUCGAAGGCAGCGCUUCCGUCUCUGGCUUGCACAAGGCCGCUGGAACGAAAAGGAGCACUGCUGUGUGUACAUUGCGAGCAAUGUAUCGUUUGGUUUUGCAUUCGCUACUGAUGUGAUUGUCGAGCAAACCAAGUUCUACCACCAGGAUCUCGGGAUUGCCUAUCAGGUUCUGCUUACGCUCUCUACCCAAAUCCUGGGGUAUGCACUUGCUGGUCUUACUCGCGAGUACUUGGUCCGUCCUAGUGGGAUGAUAUGGCCCAGCACUCUGGUUUCAACGGCUAUGUUCACUGCAUUGCACAAGAACGAAAACAAACCAGCCAACGGGUGGACCAUCUCCCGUUCCAAGUUCUUCCUAUAUGUGUUUGGUGGUUCCGUCGCCUUUUAUUUCCUUCCCGGGCUUCUGAUGCCUGCGUUGAGUACUUUCAAUGUCAUCACUUGGUUCGCGCCCAAGAAUGUUGUCAUUGCAAAUCUGUUUGGAGUCUCCUCCGGCCUUGGAAUGUUCCCAAUGACGUUCGAUUGGUCCCAAAUUGCCUUCAUCGGGUCACCAUUGGUGACGCCAUUCUGGGCCGCUUUAAAUAUUGUUGGUGGCCUCGUAGUAGUGAUGUGGAUUGCCGCGCCCUUGAUGUAUUAUGCAAAUGUGAUGUAUUCUUCGUACAUGCCAAUACUAUCGGCCGCCGUUUUCGACAACACGGGUAGGCCGUACGAUGUUAGCAAAAUCCUGACUGAAAACUUCCUCUUCGACGAGGAAGCAUAUGCCAAUUACAGUAGAGUCUUCCUCCCGAUUACCUACGUACUCAGCUAUGCCCUGCAAUUCGCGGCCCUCACGGCUUUGAUAUCGCACACUGCGCUUUGGCACGGUAAAGAUAUUGUGAGGCAAUGGCGACGCUCAUGGGCAGAGAUUCGUAGGACGGCAAACACGGAUUACGAGCCUUUGCCAGCUAAUGCAGGUAGCAACAGCGCUCCCAUUUCGCCUCGCUUGACACGGAGUAGCGAGGAAUCUGAGCCGGGCUUGGAAGAUCUCCUGAACUCCGAGGAUGUCCAUAACCGACUGAUGCGACGUUACGAGGAUGUCCCUAUCUACUGGUAUAUUCUUACGGGAGUUGGCAUGGCUGCUAUUGGGAUGUUCGUUGUAGAAUACUACCCCAUUUACCUCCCCUGGUAUGGUCUACUGCUAGCACUUAGCAUCGGCGCAAUUCUCUUCAUUCCGAUUGGCAUCGUCAUGGCCAUCACCAAUCAACAAAGCAGUCUGUACCUCAUCUGCCAGCUUAUCUGCGGUGUAGCUUUCCCGGGCCGUCCGGUCGCGAACAUGGUUUUCACAACCUACGGUUACAUUACAUCCACGCAAGGACUCAAGUUCUCUUCUGACCUGAAACUCGGUCACUACAUGAAGAUCCCACCGAAGAUACUCUUCAAUCUGCAGCUUACCGCCACUAUCGUAUCAAGUCUUACCCAGAUUGGUGUUCUUAAUUGGAUGCUGAAUUUUAUUCCUGGAAUCUGCACGCCACAGGCAAUCAACGGCUUCACCUGCCCGAUCGCGCGUGUUCAUUUCAAUGGCAGCAUUCUCUGGGGUGUCGUCGGUCCCCAGAGGUUCUUUGGCCCCGGUGCGCUUUAUCGCCCACUCGUCUGGGCUUUCUUGGUGGGCGCACUUGCGCCGAUUGGCAUUUGGUUAGCGGCGCGCAACAAUCGCAAAUCCAUCCUUCGCAAGGUGAACUUCGCCGUUCUCUUUGGCAGUCUUUCCUGGAUUCCCCCAGCCACCGGCCUCAACUUCUCCGUGUGGGCUAUUGUCUGCUACAUCUUCAACUACGAGCUGAGGAAGCGGAAAUCUGCGUGGUGGAAGAAGUACAACAUGACGUUGAGUGCCGCCCUCGACUCAGGUGUAGCUUUCGGCGUGACGAUCAUUUUCUUCUUCAUCAUCUUCCCUGGCUGGAUGAGCGGAUUCAAAUGGUGGGGUACGGAAGUCUACAAGCAGGGCUGCGACUGGACAGCUUGCGCCUACAAAAACGUGCCAAAGGGCGGGCAUUUUGGCCCAGAUGCAUGGUAG